AGGAGGAGGAGGAGGAGGGAGGGGACUGUAUUAGGCGAGAGUAAAAAUGUGAAGGUGGAAUCCAAGUGAACAGCGUCGUUUUCUAGUCUAUCAUCUGUUUCACUGAAGGGAAAAAAAAUAUUAGAAUUAAGAAAAAAAAGAAGAAGAAGAAAGAAAAAAAAACAGGGGAUCUUCGCACAGCGGGAGCGGCAGCUUUAUUUGGAUCCUACAGCUGAUUACGGGAAUAAUCCUCGCUAAGAAUUCUUUGUUUAUAUUAGUGUGUCCCUCUCUCUGCCAGCGUCUACCUUCACAUGUAAUUGGCUGAGGGCAGCGCUGCCGAGCGCGGCGAUCCCAGUCAGCGGUCGCAGGGUAUCAUUUUAUUAACUACAAUGUGAAUAUCUCUCCGCGCUUUAUGGGAUUAUUGUUGGCCGAGGCAGUUUUGUUUUGGAUCAGAACGCAUUGGACAUCAUGAGUUCCAGUGCUCAUCAGCAGGUCUCGACACGCAGUGAGCGGGGCUCUGAACCAAUCCGGUGCCAGCGGUGUCGAGAAGUGUGCAAAGGGGAAGUGGUUCGGGUCCAAGACACUCACUUUCACGUCAAGUGCUUCACCUGCACCGUGUGUAACUGUGACCUGGCACGAUCUGGCUUCUUCCAGAAGAAGGGCGAGUACAUUUGCACGGCCGACUACCAGCGGCUGUACGGCACGCGCUGCGACCGCUGCGACAGCUUCAUCACAGGCGAGGUGGUCUCCGCUCUGGGACGCACGUACCACCCCAAGUGCUUCGUCUGCAGCAUCUGCAGCAAACCCUUCCCAAUCGGAGACAGGGUGACGUUCAGCGGAAAGGACUGCGUGUGCCAGCAGUGCUCCCACACACUUGUCAAGUCAAAUGAACCCAUCAAGAUCCACGGGCCCAGCCACUGCGCUGGAUGCGGAGCGGAGAUCAAACAGGGUCAGUCUCUCCUGGCGCUGGAGAAACAGUGGCACGUCAGCUGCUUCCGAUGCCGGACGUGCAACAUGGUUCUCACCGGGGAGUACAUCAGCAAGGACGGCGUGCCGUACUGUGAGGCAGAUUACCACGCCCAGUACGGCGUGAAAUGCGAGACGUGCAGCAGAUACAUCAGCGGACGGGUUCUGGAGGCAGGAGGGAAGCACUACCACCCGACGUGCGCCCGGUGCACGCGCUGCAACACCAUGUUCAAAGAAGGGGAAGAAAUGUACCUGACAGGCUGUGAGGUGUGGCACCCGUUAUGCAAGCAGGCGGCAAGGGCCGAGAGAAGACUCAGGUCCAGACGGCUGUCUGAGACCUCCAUCUCACCGCCGGGAUCAUCCAUAGGUUCUCCCAGCAGAGUCAUAUGUGCCAGAGUGGAGAAUGAGAUCUUUGAUUAUAAGGACCUUGCAGCCCUGCCCAAGGUCAAAGCCAUAUAUGAAGUCCAACAGCCAGAUCUCAUAUCCUCCUCAUACCAGCCGUUCCCCAGAUACAGCUCUGAUGAAAGGCUAGACACUUUCAGCUAUGGGGAGUCUCUUGGGACUCUCUCGCCGUAUUCUCAGGACUAUGACAAUCCGGAUGCAAAAAAGCACCGGUGCUCCAUUCCAGGUUAUAUUGACUCCCCAACAUACAGUCGUCAAGACAUGUCACCCAUCAUGCCUCGCUCUCCACAGCACUUUUGUUAUCCUGGCUCUGAGAGUGGCAGGAGUUCCCCCUAUUAUGGCCAAGAGGGGCGAUCAAGCACACCCACCACAAACCAGCCCCCUAAACAUUUUCAUGUUCCAGCCACAGGGGAUCCCAACAUCUACCGGAAGCCGCCCAUUUAUAAGAGAACCGACAAUCAUAUGGAAACAGCCACUAAAAGCAGAACAAGUGAGGAUAUCCUCCGAUCCUCCAGCCUGUCCACCUACUCUCCAGAGCCAUAUACGCAGUCAGAGUCAGACUAUUACCCAUACACCAGCUCCCCGAGAGCCUAUUGGGCGCCAAGGCGACGCUUCUCGACGGGAGGAGAUGAAGAGAGUUGGAGUCAGGGUCUUCAAAGAAUUGGGAGUGGCAUCGGACGGAUGAUCCUCAAGGAGGAGAUGAAAGCGAGAUCUGGUUCCUAUGACAACGACCCCUGGGGCAGCGCAAGGAAUUCUCGUUGCGGGAGCAAGGAAACACUGAACACGACAGGCUACGGCACAACGGCCUACAACAACACCAUCAACGGCUCACCAAGAUCUCAGUACAGCACUGACAGUGAUUUUGGUUGCAAGUCAGCAUCGCUACCAGGAUAUGGGCGCAAUGGUAUUCAGCGGCCUCAGAGCGCAGAUUGCUACCAGUAUCAGUAUGACGCCGGCAGCGAGGUCAACUGGGGAAGUCGAGCUGAAUAUAAGGUUUAUCCAUAUGAAUCACUCAUUGUCACCACCAGGGGGCGGAAUAAGCUGCCUAAAGACGUUGACAGAGCGAGGCUGGAACGUCACCUGUCCCCAGAGGAGUUUGGCCAAGUGUUCGGCAUGACCGUGGAGGAUUUCGACCGGUUGGCUCUGUGGAAGAGGAACGAGCUGAAGAAACAGGCUCGGCUGUUCUAGUCAAAGCUGGACGUGUGCUAAAUGACUGCCACGAGCGGAGCCGGACACUGACUGUAGAUGGGACCAUGAGACAGACAGACUUCUUCUCAGUUCCACUGCCACGUCCGAGAGCCUGCUUUUGGAUCUCCUCACGUGACAAACUGAAUUCUGUUCACAGCAGCGUGGACGUUUGGGAUACUGGUAGAAUGGCCACAGAGGCAUCGUCCAGAGAUGGACUGGUACAUGUUUGCCAUUACAGCUGUGGCUGUGUGCUAGAGUGAAAUGUAAGCAAUAGAGACUGUCAUGCUGUAGUGUUGUGUUUUUUUUUUUCAAGCUGUGACAGUGCUCCCCAUGCAGACACAGGACCGUGUCUGUGACCAGAGCUGCAGUACUAAAACAUGAUGGGGAGAUUUUGGCUUUGCCUUACUUGGUAUGUUCUUUUAGUUAUGACCGUGCCGCACCAGCAAUCUGAAGGAGUAGAAUGUAGUUACAGUAUAUCAUUUAUGACACUUUAUAUCUGUGGGGAAUGAUUCAAAGGAUGAGUGAGUGUGAGCAGACACGAUGUCGCUUCAUUUUGGUUCAGGGUGCAUUUUCUUAAUAUGUUAACCUUUUUUGAUUUUUCACAUGAAACAGAAGUUCUUCAGUUGACUUUUUUACAGAAAAAAGAAUAAAAAAAUACACCUGCAGGUGGGCCAAACCAGUUUCUGUGACCUGCUUUGAGUUGUGUGAAACUAAAAACCAGCAUGGGGAUGGAAAUCGUUAGCUUAGAAGAGUACUUCUGUGCGAUGCUGGUUGAAUAACUAAAGGUCACCAAUAGUUUUAGCUCACUGUGCAGAUGUGUGGGAACCGACGAAUGUGCAAUUUCUGAGAGUCGGCGCAAGCCCCAUUUCCAGAAAAGUUUGCCGUUUUCAUACUUCUAAUGGAAAUAUUUCCGUUAGUUUUUUUAAACCGUAAUUAAAAACACAAAUACAAAGGGAAUAUUCCUCAGCAUCUUUAUUUUUGAUGGUCUAAAGGGCCAAAAUGAAGAUAAAAAGUAUUGUUCUUCAAAAUAAAAUCAAUAUAUGUGAUUGGUUGAAUAAAACUGUAAUAAAGGCAUUAAAUAACAUGAAGAACAACAAAGGGGCUUAGGUAUAAAUAAAUGUGGCAACUCAUCAAAGUUGAAACUUAAAUUUAAAGUUAAAUUUGAACAAAAACAGGAAUUUAAAAGGAGAGGUAGCAAAUUUAUAGGGUACCUGUUGCCCCCUAUAGGCUCUUCUUGGUGGUGCAACUGUUCUUAAUUUCUAAAACUAGCAAAACUAGACCGCAAAUUGUUCACUUUGUACUUGUGCCUCUUUAUUACUGAUUUAAACAAAAGCUAUGUUUUUGUCUUUUAUGAAAUCAUAAACUAUUCUGGAAUUGAAGUUUGUGUUCACAAGGAACAACUCUGUCCUCCCGUUAUUUACUCAUUGUAAUAGAAUGAUAACCAUAGUUUAGGUUGCAUUGUUUCUACAUUUAAACUCACCACUGUUUAUAUUGUUUUAGAGGGAUAAUCCACUAAUUUUGUAGCUCCAGAGAUUAUAUUCCCACACCAGGAAGCACUCAGCAAGGUAUUUUCCCAAACAAAGACCCAGGGUUGGUAAAAACUUUUUUUGAAUACCUUUUUUUUAUGAUUUUGACACUAAAAUUAAACUGCAACUCAAAACAA